UCUCCGAUCGUCCUGCUCCAACCACACUCAAAACUAAACCAAAAUUCUCAAAAUCAGUUCUCAUGAAGAAGGAAACAAGCGGACCUGUUCUCCGGCCACUUUCCCCCGGCGACAGAUUCCCCUCCCCGAUCUCUUCUUCUUCUUCUCCGGCGUCUUCUCCGUUCGCCGCCUCUACUAACUUCGGCUUCUCUUCCGGAUCUUCUACAUUUUUCCACGAUCACCGUCACGACGAUCACCACCAUCACCGGUCCGCUUCUCCUACACGCGUCAACCUUUCCUCCACUCCUCUGUCUCACUCUGUUCGAUUUUCAAUCGACCACCGGUCCACUUCCAAGCGCAACGGCCACGUGCCGAUUUCGCUACCCAAAAAGUCGUGUAUGUGUUCGCCGACGACUCAUCCAGGCUCCUUCCGGUGUAGUCAACAUAAAAAUUCAAACAGCGGCGGCGGCGGGCACCCGCACCACCAAACGUCGUCGUAUCCAUCGACCCGUUUGAACAUGCGUAGGUCCGCGAUGACGAACUCGCUCGUGAGAAUCGGCGGCGUGGAGGGAGAUUGGGUCAAACGAGCGUUGACUGCUUUGAUUCGUCCUUCUUCCCACCAGCUGAGAAGGAGAGCCAAUUUCCAGCCACGACCCAGCCGGCUUUCCGUCAUGUCCAAGGCCGAAGAUCGCUAAAAUCUCUCCGCCGGCGGCAAGUUUCAUUUUUCUCACCUCAUACUGAUAGAACUGAAAUCCUCUGUAAAUGUCCAUGUUGGGAUUUUCUUAAAUCAAAAUCAAAUCGAAUUUUUCUUCUUCGAUCUUCAGAAUUCAGAUUUCUUGAUUUGAUGCUUCCAACCGCCACCGCAAAAACCGUUUCCGGCGACUUGGUUUAGGCCGGUUUGCUUGUGAUGUCAGGCGAAUUGCUUAGGAUCUGAGUCAUGUGACCGUAGAGGGACAUGAGAAGCCAUUAAAAUAGAGGAAGCUUCUGUUGUAAAUGACCGAGGAGAAAAAAAAAGUCAAGGUUCUUGAAAGGUUUCAGCAAUUUUAAUUGAUUAGAGUUGACACAAAAUAGGCGAAUAAUUAUAGAAUUAUUAGCUGGCGGACACACAAUCAAAUUGAAUAAUGAAUAAUUUAUUAACUCUACCAAUGGAGAACUGCCAGCUGUACGGAUGGUCUCGCAUCAGUUAAUCAGCAUUCAUGUCAAACUCACGGAUGCGACCAUCCUAUGGGAGGAGUCGCAUUAAAAUUAAAAACUGUAAAUAAUAUUUUUCUCCCGCUUAGACACGUGUGUCUGAACUUUAAUUCGGACGUUUAGAAGAUGAGACUUCAAAACUGACGAAAAAUUCGUUGAACAAUAGGUACGAUAAUUGUAGUGGCAAAACUUUGGAUCUACAAUGUUUCUAUCUCGUAAAAAUGUACGCAAUCUCAACAUGGUGCAUCAAGGAUAUUAAAUCUUAUGGUGCAGCUCUAUCCAAGGACAUGAGCUUUUAUAUAUGAGACUAAGGACGGUGGGUGAGUGAUGGUACAAGCUUCCAUUUU